CGGAAGCAAGAACAGAUUGUAGUCUGAUCUAGCUAAGGUACUUCAGACAGCCCGUUGCAUUUACUUAAUAGCUAGAUUUUUUUAUCCUGUAUUUAAAGAAAGAUGGGGACGAGGGAUGACGAAUACGAUUACUUGUUUAAAGUGGUGCUGAUCGGAGAUUCAGGCGUGGGAAAGAGUAACCUGUUGUCCCGUUUCACCCGGAAUGAGUUCAACCUGGAGAGCAAGAGCACCAUUGGUGUGGAGUUUGCUACCCGCAGCAUUCAGGUGGAUGGGAAGACAGUGAAGGCUCAGAUUUGGGACACGGCUGGACAGGAGCGCUACAGAGCUAUCACCUCUGCGUACUACCGAGGGGCUGUGGGGGCGCUGCUGGUCUAUGACAUCGCCAAGCACCUGACCUAUGAGAACGUGGAGCGCUGGCUGAAGGAGCUGCGGGAUCACGCCGACAGUAAUAUUGUCAUCAUGCUGGUGGGAAACAAGAGCGACCUGCGUCACCUGAGGGCCGUGCCUACAGAUGAGGCCCGGGCAUUCGCAGAGAAGAACGGUUUGUCUUUCCUUGAGACGUCAGCCUUGGAUUCCACCAACGUGGAGACGGCCUUCCAGACCAUCCUGACGGAAAUCUACCGCAUCGUGUCUCAGAAGCAGAUGUCAGAUCGCAGAGAGAACGACAUGUCUCCUAGCAACAACGUGGUGUCCAUCCAAGUGAAGCCCACUGAGAACAAGCCAAAGAUGCAGUGCUGUCAGAGCCUGUAGCAGCACCCCCACACCUGCAGUGCCCCCCACCUUCCCCCUCCCCCC